AUGUCGCUAAAACAUAUUGCUGUUAUGCAGUCAUGGUGUGGCCUGCUGGUAUCAGGGCUGUGGGAGGACACCAGAAGCGGGAGGUUGUGGUCCACGGCCAUUUUUUCUGGCUACAAACAUGGCCUCUGAAACCAGUGGAAGCACAAUGACCUUCUGAAAUUUGAAGGUGUCUAUGCUUGCCAGGUGAUAGAGUUCCACUUAGGUAAGAGGUGUGCCUAUGUAUACAAAGUGAAAAACAACACUGUAACCCCUGGUGACAAGCCCACCAGGACACCAGUGAUCUGGGGGAAGCUAACCCGUGCCCAUGGGAAUAGCCUUAUGGUUAAUGCCAAGUUCCAUUCCAAUCUUCCUGCCAAGGCCACCAGACACAGUAUCCAAGUGAUGCUGUGUCCAUCUAGGAUCUAA